GGGGCACAGGCUUUGGAGUUUCACACGGGCCAAAGUGUGACCCUCAUCUCUGCUGCUUAUUAGCGGGUGAUCUCGCGUAAGUGAUUUAUCCUCUCUGAGCCUCCGUUUCCUUAUCUGUAAAAUGGGCAUAAUACCUACUUUGCAGGAUUGUUGUGUGGGUUAAAUGAGAGAUCAUGGGUGAAUAGGCCUAGGACAGUACCUGACACAGUACUGUCGCACCUGCUCAGUAAACAGUGGCGGCAAAUCACUGCAGGCCAGACUUUAGCCAUUAGGGCCACAGGUGAGGGAGUCACCUAAUCCAGCAGAGGCCAAUCUGGGCAGGUUGCUUGGGAGAGGUGAGGCUAGAGCAAGAUGUUCCCAGAGACCAGGUCACAGGAUGGGAGGGAGCCUGGGGAAGGAAGUAGGGAGGAGCUGGAGUGUGUGGAAGUUCCGGGGAGGAGCCCAUUUUCUCUCUCCAUCCUUGCACAGGGAGGGAAAGGGACCCCCUUGGAGAGCUCUGAGCUGAGCCAACGCAUGGAUGAGCUACUGUCACGGCUCAGGUGACCCGUAAACAAACAUCCUAGGGAGGGAGGGGACACUCAGUCCACUCAAGGCCUGGCCUCUGCCAAGCUCUGUGGCCUGCUCCCCUGGCAGUGAUUCAACAGGCAGAGAGGCCAAGGACUCACCCUCAAGGGCUUCCCUUUGCGGAGCCUCCAGGGCCAGCUCCAGCCCUGGGGACAAGACCAGAGGAGUGGCUGACUAAGAUGUGUCCCUUGUCCAGAGAGAGACACUGAGGGGAGUGGGCUGGAGCGGCUGCUGCCUACAGACUGCUUGCUGUGAUCUGUUCACAAGUGCCCACAAGGACUGCCCCAUGCCCCGGGGCACGGACCCCUUGAACCCAGACCUGCCCUCGGGCCGCACUCCCACCGUGGCUGUAGACCAUGUCACUGGCAAGGACAAACAGAUGGAUUUCUGUUGGGAUCCUUGGCAGAGGUGCUUCCAGACCACCAACGGCUACCUGUCCGACUCCAGGUCCUGCCCCAGCAACUACAACGUGGCAGCCCUGGCCACCUCGUCCCUUGUGGGGGUGGUGCAGAGCAUCAAGGACCACAUCACAAAGCCCACGGCCAUGGCCCGAGGCCGCGUGGCCCACCUCAUCGAGUGGAAGGGCUGGAGUGCCCAGCGGGCAGGCUGGGAGCUGUCCCCAGCUGAGGACGAGCAUUACUGCUGCCUCCCGGACGAGCUGCGUGAGGCCCGCUUUGCUGCAGGGGUCGCUGAGCAGUUUGCCAUCACAGAGGCCACAUUGAGCGCUUGGUCCUCGCUGGACGACGAGGAGCUGCACCCCGAGAACAGCCCCCAGGGCAUCGUCCAGCUCCAAGAUCUGGAGAGCAUCUACCUUCAGGACAGCCUUCCCAGUGGCCCCUCGCAGGAUGACAGCCUUCAGGCCUUCUCCUCAGCCAGCCUCUCCCCUGACAGCUGUCCCUCACCUGAGGAGACCCCCAGCACCGCUGGCAUCCCACAGGCCCCCAGCCCAGAGCUGCAGCAUCGGCGGCGGCGGCCCGGGCACCAAGGACCCGAGGGUGGGCCGCACCUACCGGGCUCCCUCCCCUCCGUGGACAGCGGUUCCCUCUGGGAGGAGGAGGACGAGGUGUUCUAUAACUGAGGCGGGGGCUGUGCUGGUCCAGCACCUGCUCACACCAUGACCUCGCCUGGUGGGCAGUCCAGGCAUAUCUGGAUCCCGGGGUCCAGGGCAGGGCAUCUCUUGACCCCUCGGGUAGGCACAGGGUAGGUGUGGCAGGGAUGGGGCCAGCGCUCAUCAUGGCCUCUCUGUGCCUCGGCAGACCUGCCCCAGCAGUGGCAGCCAUAACCCCUCCCCCUUCAUUACUUCACUCAGGUGGGCACCUUCCCCUGCAGGGUGUCUGCCCUCAGGGAACUCAAGGACUCUCAGAGACACCAGGGCAGCCUGGCCCAGAGGAGCAACAGCCAGGCCCCCAGGAGAACAGCCAUGGAGAGAACUGAGACCCACUUAGAGUGGGGUCUGGGAACCCUGCCUGUACCUGGGGCUCAGUCCCUCCCCACUCUCUCUGUGUGUCUGCCCCCCAGCAAAGGUGGGGUGGCCACUUCUGGUAGCUAAGCAUCUGCCACCCGGCUGUCCUCACCAGGACAUCUGUCUCUCUGGAGUGUCUGUCUGUCUGUCCCUCCCUCUCUGAACCUGCUUCCUCGGUGUCCCCUGCUCCUCACCCCCGGGAGCCCACUCUCGUUCCUUGCAGCUCCCUCCCAUCUCACUCAAGGUUCUCUGAGGACAUUAAAGUGGUCGAUUCACUCUCAA